CUUAUGAUGACGUUAAGAACGACUAGACCCUUUAAAGCACCAGCUAUUCAUAGAGCUGUCGAGGUAGGUAGCUGAAGAGUAAAUUAUAAGAUAUUACACAAAUAACUUUCUAUGUAAAAACACGUCUUCGUUUCUAAAACCCGAAAAUGUCAGCGACCAAUGGUAAUUCCAAGAUUGAGGGCCCUCUUGUGGCGGCCUUAGACGACGUUCGAUUUGACAUCUCCAACGGGGUUAGUCCUGUGAAUGGACUCCCAUAUUACAAGCCUAAGCCCGCCGACAUCACCAUCAACAACCACAAGGACGGUGAUAAACCUAAGAUCUUAUUCAAGAAUGUCAAUAUCUUCGACUCAACAGGGUCGAACCCUUAUUUGGGUGAUGUUCUCAUCGAAAGGGAAAGAAUACAGGCUGUUGGCAAAGUUGACGCCUCUCCUGAUUCCGAUACUCUGGUUAUCGACGGGGAGGGCAAGAAGACGCUCAUGUCAGGACUCGUGGAUGCUCACACGCACCUAAGCUGGAACAACUCACCAACUCUGGAUGGCCUGACACGGAUGCCGCUGGAAGAGCAUGUCUUACACACAGCACAGUCCGCAAAGACGUACCUCGACUGCGGCUACACGAUGUGCUUCGGGGCUGCAUCAGCGCAACCGCGGCUCGAUCUAGUUAUCAAGCAGGCCAUAAAGUCGGGCUUGAUACCCGGGCCACGCACUCUGUCCAACUGCCAGGAGAUAACGACGACGGGAGGUGCGAUCAUUCCUAGCAUCAGCCGCUUCGCCGACGGCGCAGAUGCAAUGCGUCGCGUCGUACGGGAAUUCAUCGAGUUAGGGGUCGACAACAUCAAGCUGAGCAUGACAGGCGAUUACACACACGAAACUAUGGGGGCUGAAGAAACCUACUUCACACUAGCCGAGACCAAGGCCGCCGUCGAAGAGGCCCACAAUAGGGGUAAGCGCGUAUGCACGCACGCCCGUUCCGCAGCCUCAGUGAAGAUGUCGUGUCUCGCCGGCGUCGACGUCAUCUACCACGCCAGCUACGUCGACGCCGAGGGCAUGGACAUGCUCGAAGGGCUCAAAGACCGCGUCUUCGUAGCGCCGGCCAUCAACUUCCCGCUGCUCACCUGCCAGGGCGCCGCCACGCCCUUCGGCCUCACGCCGGAGAUGGCGAAGAAAAGGGGCUUGGUGCACGAGGUCGACGCGGCUAACAAGGCCAUGGCGGAGAUGCGGAGGCGCGGCAUUCGCGUUCUUCCCGGCGGCGAUUACGGGUUCGCUUGGGCGCCGCACGGCACUUACGCGAGGGAUCUGGCGCAUUUCGUGAACUUGUUCGGGUACACGCCGAAGGAAAGCUUGAUAGCUGCGACGGCGCUAGGAGGGGAAAUUAUGGGUUAUCCGGAGAGUUUGGGUAAGGUGUUGCCGGGCUACUAUGCCGAUGUCAUCCUGGUCGAUGGGAAUCCCAUGGAAAAUAUCGAGAUUCUCCAGGAUACCUCGAAGCUGCAUACGAUCGUGAUCAAUGGACAUGUUCACAAGAAUGUGAACUAAUAAAGUACAUGUAUAUAAGGGGGAGAUUUAUCUUUGCUUGCCCCCUUUUCUUUGGAAGAACUAUCGACCGCAGGUGGUGAAAGAGCAAAUUGA